AUGGCCACAGCGAACACAACCCAACCAUUGUCGCCAUUCCUGAACGCGGCCUUUGCCAGAACAACGACAUCGCAGAACUCGCCUUCCACCCCAAAUCCAGUGCCAACUUCAAACUUUCAAAACUUCAACUUGAACUCACUGUUCUCGCCAGCGACAAGCUCCAGUCCUUAUGCGAUGUCGCCGUUAAUGCAACAGUUUAUGAAGUCAGUGCAAUAUGGAGCGUCGCCUAGUGGUGUUCAUGGUGAGUUUUUGGGGGUUUUGAAGGGUUUUAGAGGUAGUUUUAGGGGUUUGGAGUUAUUUUUGAAGAAUUUUUAGGUCGGGCAUGGCUUUUUUUGGUGGAAUUUUAAUUUGUGUAUGUUUUUUUUUGUUAGAAUUUUAGGUUGGGCAGGGUAUUUUUGGACAAAAUUGAGUAAAAUACGUUUUAACAUGAUAAAUUUUAAAAAUUUUUGAUGUUUUCGACAAAUUUUAUGAUUUUUUUGACCAUUUUUCUUAAUUUUUGGUCGUUUUUUAUAUUUUUUAGUCAAUUUUUAAGAUUUCUGAAAUAAGGAUUAGCAUUUUUGGGUAACAUUUCGGAAUAAAAGUUUAACAUUUUGAAGUUUUAAUUUAAUUUUAACCUUUUUUUGAAUUUUUUUCCCCUUUUUUUGAGAGGUUUUUUGGUCGAUUUUUACGAUUCUUGGUCAAUUUAUAAAAUUUUUUAUGUAAAGCAUACCAUUUUAAACUGAAAUUUUGUAAAAUACGGAGUUGAUAACAUGAAGUUGACACAAAAAAAAGUUAAAAUUUUUAUUUUUUUGACCAAUUUUAUGCUUUUUUUUGGAGUUUUUCUCUAAUGUUUGGUAGUUUUUAAUGGUUUUUGGUCAAUUUUAAAGAUUUUUUGAAGUAAAGCAUAGCAUCUUGAAAUAACACUUUGUAAAAUACGGACGUAUUAUAGAAAAAUUUUUAAAGUUCUGCAGAAAAAAAACUAAAUUUCUGAAUUUUUUAGGCAUUUUUACUCAUUUUUUAAAGUUUUUCUUUAAUUUUUAGGAUUUUAAAGGUUUUUUAGCGAAAUAUAGGUAAAAUACGGAGCCCAAUACAAUCCAUUUUAUUAUUUUUAAAAAUAUUUUGAUAUUUUGCGAUUUUUUAAACCUUUUUUCGAAUUUCAGAGUCAGAAAGUCGAGCAUCUUCAACAUCAAUGUCCAUGAACCCAGCUAGCCCUGGAGCUGCAGCUAAAAGUCAGUUUUUACAUUUUUAA